AUGUCUCAAACUGCUCUCCAGCGCUUGCCCCUGAGCGUCAGGGAGGACAUAUGCCGCCAGCUUAUCGAACCCGGCAAAAACAUCCACUAUAUAGAUCUACGAAUCGGUUGCGGCACACUCGCUGCCCUUGCAAGGACGUGUAAGCUGUUUCAUGACCCCUCUCUCAAUGUCCUAUGGCAUUCCAUCCCCGAUAUAUACGUUCUCUUUUACUCCCUCCCGAGCACUUGCUACCAGAUACAAGUGAUCAACGACGACCGUCCACAAGUUCAUUUCCGGGAACCGGUGCGGCAGUUGGAUCUUACCCGCUUCCUCGCCAAUGCUCAGCGCGUUCAAGCCAUCAAGAAUUCUUUGUGCCACCUCCCCGAGAAAACGGUACGGUGCAAAGCCUCACCAUCCGUGUACGAGGCUUUGGCGAGCAUCUUGCAGUCCCGACCGCUACUCCCCAAUAUACGGGUCGUCGAGCAUCACACGUUCGAUUCGAUCUACUCCCACAGGCUCCUUCGGUCCAUCCACGUCCUAUUUGGCCCGCGGCUACUUACCUUGGAUCUCGCAGCCCGCGCGCGUGGACGCUGCUCUCCUAACCCUGAUCGGCCAGGGUUCCUGGACAAAGUCGACUGGGAGGACGACAUCGCGUGCAUGCUUUCCAAGGUCGAACGCCUUGCACCUGGGCUCCGAAAUCUAGACCUGUUCAUAGACCCGUCGAGCUGUGUCAUUGCGGCGGCAGUGUCGUCCGUGAUAUGUGGGUUGAACCACCUCACCAGUGUCCGGCUACGCUCGGAUCGCUUCCCGCUCACCCCAGCUGCAUUUGCCCACCUCGCUUCUCUACCCAGUCUUACGACUCUCGAGUUCAGUACCGACCACACGUUCCUGCCAGACAGCGACUUCAACCCCCUCCUACAUACGACCCCACUCCCGUUUCCCGCGCUGCGGGACCUGAAGUUCACUACGCCGACUCUGGAGCUGCUCGUCCGGUUCCUGGCGUUCAUCACCUCCCCCUACAUCGUCUCGCUCUGGGUCAUGGUGACCGUCGAUGUCUCCCGGUGUGAAAUCCCGUCCCUUCUCUCUGCUAUCGCCGCGCACCCCUCUUGCAACAGCCUACAAAUCCUCUACAUUGACGUCAACAAUGUGACGCUCGCACCGCUCUGGGGCUUGCCCUUGAUCCGUGAGCUUAGGCUCGACGUUCACUGCCCAUUCGAUCUGGACGACGCGCUGCUACGGAAGAUCGGCUUGAAGUGGGUCAAGCUUAAGCAUCUGAUGUUGGGGACUGAACACCCCUGGGGCAUGCGUGAGGGGGACGCUCCUGUCGAGGACUCUCCGGGCAAUCGCAAUAUUUCUGCGACGCCCACUAUUAUAAUAGGACAAGAUGCUGCGAUGGAGGUAGAAGACGAGGACGCGGACGCGGACGAAGAAGAAGGCAACAAAGAAGAGGGCGAUGAUGACGAGGACGAAGAAGAGAGCGACGAAGAAGACGAGGACAAGGACGAGGACGAGGAUGACGAAGACGACGACGAAGAGGCCGACGGAGAGGAUGAAGAGGAGGAUCAUGCGAUGCCGCCUGGAUGGCGAAGACCACGCGUAACACUCACCGGACUGGCUCGAUUCAUCGCCAUCUGCCCUUUCCUCGACUUCCUAGGAGUCGAAUUCGACGCGGACGCAUCCUCCAUUCCGCCGAACGAGUGGACCACGCCACCCAUGUCCGAUGUGCUACCGCCAAAGGGCUACGUAUACAGCCCAUUUUACAUAUGCGCGGGGCUCUCUCCAAUCGACGACCCCUACGCCGUGGCUGCCUUCCUGUCAAACACGCUAUGCAAGUUCUCCAACGUCCCGGUAUUUUUCGAGCCUCUGAAGUCAGUCGAACCGGACGAAAAUGACGAAGACGACUCGGAGGAGGAGGAGUGGUGGUCCCGGGCGCGCAAGUACCGCACCCGCUGGAAGAAGUUUACAAAACUAUUUCCGAAGUUUGUGGCCAUCCGCAAACAGGAGCGCCGGUGGAGGCUGCGGACUAGGCGAGCGGCUCAUGACAAUGCACUGCAGCACAUCUCAGAUCUGCAGCUCGGGCUGGUCGCGGAGCCGGACGAGUGA